AUGUCUCGUACGUCCAAGAUGCUUCGGACUACGCCGAGUCACAUCUCCCGAUCGCAAAGAUGGCAACAUCAAUUCCUGUGGAUAACAACAAUGGACACCCCGUUCCGACAGUCGUCUUCUUCGAUCAUGGCAGUGACCGCAGCUACAUCACCGCACAAUUGCCCACCAGUUGGAACUGGAACCCUGGACCAGAAACGGUUCAACGUUUACUCUUUUGCUGAGGACGCAACGAAGAUCUUCAACUCCAAACGAUUCAUUGUCACCUUCAACGUCAAAGACAAGAAGAUCCCCAUUCCAUUGACCGAAGUUCCCACCAUCACGAGUUCCAUCACGACUUGCAACCUCGACGAAACCACCAUCAAACAUCUCAUGAGUGACCACCAUGCCAUCCUUCCUCGAUCCACCGCGAAACCAGGAAUACUUAUUGGACUCGAUCAGAUGAAUAAGAUCCAUGAGAUUGAAUCGGGUACGUCGUACGUCGCCAUAGUGAUCGUAUGGUACCUUCCUGCCGAUCGCGUAAUUGGAUCAGGACAGUGGCAAGUGUUGAAUGAGUUUCUUCUCAUCGCCAUUGAGGGAAGAUUGAAGAUAGUGCAUCUUCAUGAUAUCUGCCAUUGGUUGGAUAUCGAUGAGUGA